AUGACGUAUCAAACCAUACCAACGAGGAGGUCGUCUCCUUCUAGAUGGCUGUGGUUGCGGCUGCUGUUGCUCUGUAUGCUGGUAUCGACAGUUUCAGCAAACGUAGAGAAAAAGAUCUUUUCGCCAAGGAAAACACAAUCUCUUGAGAACGUGUCGGCCAUCUUCAGACGGUGGAACAUAUCAGAGGAUGUUGCCGUCACAGAGCUGAAUGGGCCGGCUUCGAUUUUUGGGACAACAUACGUCUAUGGGUCUUUGGUUGCAAAGCAGAAGCACAAAGCGGGAUGUCAGUAUCUGGACGCAGUAGCAAUUGCCAAUAGUUGGAGAGUGUUCAAGCUCCCGCAAUCGUUGAUACCGCACCAGACCUAUGAGGUGCGCGUAUGCUGGGCUGCCAUCACACCUGCCGACUGGUCAAUGGAUUUACUGCGGGAUGGAUCGGCAGAUAUACUAUACUUAAAGCUGGGGCCAAUAGCUGCGGGUGUAUCCUACAGCGAGAGCUCAGAUCUGGUUGUACCUUACGCCUUAGCGUUAGAUCGCCUUUUGUUGGGCGCCAUUCCAAUGUCCACCGUUCCUGUCGGCCUGAACGUCGUUGCGGCUGUUGCUGUGGGGUAUUUCUUGAUGUACCCGGCAUUCUUGCGAUGUUUGGAUUUGGGGGAGACAUAUAUAAAUACCAAAUCGAAGUCAAAGUAGAUCUCUUA